CAGCACCAUUGUCUCAGAGACAACAACGGCAACAUUCUUGCCUACCGUUUCCGAUAUCCCGAACAUCUCCUCUACAAAUUACGAGAUAGUUUCCAACUUUUACCUUCUGGUCACGUUAACGAUACCAUUCGUGGCAACUUCCCUCAUCGCCACUAUGCCCUCUGGGCUGACUAUAGUCAAGAUAUAAUGCAAAGUCGUGAAUAUUGUCACGAUCAUCCUGCUUCUCAAACCUGGCUUGAUGCCAAUAAAGAGCUCUUCGAUUACGUUUCUCAUAAUCUUCGAAUGAUUAAUCCAGAAAUGUAUAUGCUGUUUACCAGUAUUGACCAAUAUCUGCCGGAUAAUUUUACCCGAAUGGCUGGAGCAUGGCAUGGUGUGGCUAUUAAUGAGUGUAUGGUUCCAAACGGUACUAACCUAGAGACCCAUGUUGAUUGGAAGGAUAUUAAUUAUGGAUAUAAUGCUGUACUUCCGUGGGGUGACUUUGGUGGUGGUAACUUGAUUUUUUGGCAAGCAAGAAUUGUUUAUGAGGUGCGUCCGGGUGAUUGUCUUUUCUUUAUGGGUUCUGUUAUUGCACAUGGGGUUUCAGAAAUUACUAGUGGAGAAAGAUACUCCGUGGAUUUGUUUUGUCAUAAAAGUGCGAUAGAUUGGAAAAAGCGUAAGGAUCUGGAA